AUACUUUGAACGUUUGAACCGGAUUAUGGAUAUUUUCUGCUACUGAUAAGUUAGUCGAUAAAACGAGAAGCCCAGAAAUCUAUUCUGCGCGAAUACAGAAGGAAUUAUUAUUUUAUCAAUGGCAGCAGCCCGCUCCCCUGUCUCAGUGGCUUCUUCUACGACUCCGGCCAGUCCAUUUCUCUCCGGGAAAUUGCAUCCAUGGAACCUCAAGAUGUUAUCUCAACCCUUUACCUCCAUUCGGACUUCCAUUAUUCGCUCUGUGAAGGAUUCAUCUUCAUCUUCAUCCCAUGGUGUCAAAUUGGAAGACAGUCAGCAGUCCGACCAAGAAUUCAUGAGCAUUGACGCACUUCAGCGAUUCAUACAACUCAAUUUGGGCAACUGGACCGGCUCUUUCCAUCAAUUUGAUGGUAAGGGGAAGUUGAUGAAUCAAAUCAGCACGAGGCUUGCUGCUAGUUCUUACGGUGAAGACGAACUCGUGAGUUUGAUUCAGACGUUAUACAUUAAACAACCACAAUCAACGACGUUGUUUUCGGGAACUAAGUAUGAUGAACCAGAAUGGUCCGAGUACAAGAUCAAGGAGACAAACAUGUUCACCGUGGACAAAUAUCAGCAGAUUGGUUUCUUCCCAAGAGAGAGGGCAUUUGCUUUGAGGUAUCAGACAGCUGGCAUGUUGGAGACUGUAUUAAGACAGGGGGUGCUUGGUGAGGAUGACACCGGAGAAGAAUCACCCAAAAAUUUAAAGCUUCCAUCUCGACGGCCAUCUGUUGUGUGUGAGAAUUGUCUUUAUUCACUAGAGAAAGAUAGACGAGUAAGAGCUUUUCAUAUACUGGAUCCAAAAGGCAUUCUGGAAAUGCUUCUGGUCUUCCUUGAAGAAAGAGGUGGCACUUCACUUGUUUCCCCCACUUUCAAUGACUCUCAGGAUGACAUCAACAGGCUUACUCCUCAUCUGGGUAAAUGGAGAGGACAUUCCAUAACAAAGCGCAGUGGUGUCUAUGGAGCAACACUAACUGAAGCUGAUACGGUUUCUGAACUCGAAAUUGACAAAGAUGGUCAGCUAAUUCAGGAUGUUUCAUCAACAUCAGAUGUGAGAGAUGUUACUACUAAUGUACACUGGACGGGUAAGGUGUCAAACAACUUAGUAACAUUCGAUGGCGGAUACCAGUUGACUUUACUUCCCGGGGGCAUUUACAUGGGAUGUCCCUGUGAUGUGGCUAAGUGUGUUCAAGAAUCCAAAUCAUUUCAUCUGGAGCUGUGUUGGCUUGAGUCGCCUGGCAAAAGACAGAGACUUGUACGCACUUACGAUGUGGAAGGACUUGCUGUCUCCUCAACAUACUUUCUGGAGACAAAAGUAUGAGUAAGUACCAAUAUCCAGCUGAGCUCAUCUGAUGUUCAAUAUUUCGACAAACCUAUGAAUUCAAGUCCUCCUAGGUCAGUUUAUGGAAAGCAGCCUGAUGUGGAUGCAUUUAUGUCCAAUGCUGUCGAAUAGAACCCCUAAAUGAGUAACACAGUAUUUGAGGAAGGGACAUUAGAUCUGCUGAAACAACUUUUGCUAUGUUGAAAUGACAAUCCUAAUGGAAUAUACUCCUAAGCAACACUUUCUUAACAAACAUCUUUUUGACUAAGAAAAUCUUGAAGAAAUUCUUUUCGAGUCAAAGCAUUUGGGUACUAUUCUAUUAUUCAUCAAGAUCAAUAUAUAAAGAUUGAAAUCACACAUCCAUUCCCCUUCCAAACGGGUUCCAUACUUCCAUUCCCUUUCCAAACGGCAAUUGAAGUCAAUCCUGGACUGUCGGACGGUUGCAAAUUGCAAUUCACAGCCCAACAAACUUUUAAUGGGUCAUAUAUUAUCAACAUUUUCUUAUGAAAGAAGACCAGCACCCAUUGUGUUACCGAAACUUUUUAAAUAGUUGUGCCUGAAAUCAUUGAGCGGCGGACACAUCUACAUGGGCGUACGCGUCUGCCAUUGCUUUAUAUUCUACUGCAUUACUACGCGUUUUGCAUAGUAAAACGGUAUGUACGAGGUUUUAACUUCUGAGACUAUGGCACGAUAAAAAGAUACCACUAUACUCGUAAUAAUGUAAAACUAAUAUAACAUGUCUUAGUUUAUAUUAUCUCCAUCACAAAAAGGAAAAAAAAACGAACAAUAUAAAUUUUACAGUUUAAUUUGAACUAUUUUUUAGUACAAGAGGAGUAGUAUAUAUCACAUAAAUGUUUUUUUCCAUACUUAAGGAUUUGAUAGCUUUAAAUGUAAUGUAAUAGAUAGAAAAUAAUUUAAACUAAGGAACAUAAAGAAGUCAUGGGGUUCAUGCUUAGCCUUUGUAAGGCUUUCUCUUAGAUAAAGAUUUAAAUAGAGAUUUCAUGGGAUUAUAGUACAAUCUUUGUAAAGUAUUCUCCAAGAACUAGAAGCAGAGCUGUUAUGAGAUUUUAGUAAAUCUUUGUACGACAGACUCUUUCCUUUAGGUAAGUCUUAAGCACUGCCUGAGUAAUCUCUUUUUUAAAAUUAAUAAAAUCGGGGGAUGCUCGCCAAG